GAGAAGAGAAGACAGAGGAACAUUAAGGACAUUUUGACACAGAGUAGAACAAACACACUUGGUUUGAAGGCACAAGGAAGCAGCAUGAAGUGGUUGAUCAUCGCAGCUGUGUCUCUGGCAGUGGUAAGCUGUGCUAGCCUGCCAGAGGAUGAUGUGGAGCAGCAGUUCCAAGCAUGGAAACUCCAGUUUGGUAAGGUCUACGAAACCCCUGAGGAGGAGGCGAAGCGUAAAGACAUCUGGCUCGCUCACCGCAGUGUGGUCCUGGCCCACAACGCCAGGGCUGAUCAGGGAACUGAGACCUUCCACAUGGGCAUGAACAAGUUCUCUGACUUGACAGAUGACGAGAUCAUGAAGAAUGCAAACCACAUGCUGCGUCCGGGCGUCUCUAGGAUUUAAAGAGUCAAUGCGUGCGCAUAGCGAGCGCCAACAUUUUUUCAUCACAUCUUUAAAGUGCUUCUUUAAUUCAUCAUUUAUUACAGUAAAGAGUAUAGCAGAGCAUC